AUGGAAGAGACUCAAUCGACGCUUUACACUUGGAGAGCUCCGCACUGCCGCCAACACUUUGAUAUAGCGCGGCGAGUUUAUGAUUUUUCCUCUGGUGAUUUGCCCUUUAGUGUGUACAGAGGUUACAUUAAUGACAGCUAUAAAGAUCUGGUUUCCAUCAAGGUCUCCGAGCCAACCUCAGAUCACCAGAAUUUUUUGACAGAGAUUGAAUUGCUAUCAAAUCUACGUCAGGCCAAUAUCGUCUCUCUGAUAAGUUAUUGCUGUGAUGGAUCGGAUAAGAUUAUUGUACAUGAGUAUACGCCCCACGGAACCCUCUACGAUCAUCUACUGAACCCAAACAACGGCAACCCUCCGUUAUCAUGGAAACAAAGGCUUCAAAUCUGCAUUGGAGUUGCACGUGGACUAGAAUUCCUGCAUGCAGCUAACCACUCGACCGUCCACAGUGACAUCAAAAGCAAAAUCAUUCUUGUAAACAAGAACUUGGUUGCAAAGCUUUCAAACUUUGGUUUCUCCAAAUUGAUUUCAACAAGCCUGUCGGAAACAGAUAACCAUGUCACCACUGCUGGUGCGGACAAUAGUGUUGGGUAUGAAGACCCUGACUACGUUUACCUUCAGAAUAACGGCCUCACUGUUAAAUCUGAUGUUUAUUGUUUUGGAGCUGUUUUAUUCCAAGUGUUAUGUGCAAAACCAGUAUUUGAGUUAUGCGAGUCAAGGGUGGAAGUACAAAAUAUCUCCAAUUCAUCGGCCAGACGAUGCGUUGAAGAUGGUACACUUGGCCAAAUUAUUGAUCCUUGCCUUAAGGGUGAGAUCGCAGCAAACAGCCUGAAAGCUUAUGUGGAUGUAGCUUGUAACUGCUUGAACGACCGCGAAGAUGAGAGGCCCACACUGGCAGAUGUGGCCAAGAGGCUGGAGCUUACUUUGUUGCUGCAGGAGUGUACUGAAGUUGAUAUACCUUUCUCCCCAUCUUGGCUUAGAUCAAUUCCGUGGCCGGUGGAGGAGAGUGAAUCACCGGCAGAAAGCCAGGAUUUUAUAAUUUUAUGCUUAUGA